AAUAUUAUAAAGAAAAAAAGGAAAUGGGAGGGAAAUGGAAGUGAAAGAAGGUGAGAUGAUGAGAGGAGCAAGCCUUGUGUGAUUCCCCUGAUACCUUACCUCUUUCCCCUUUUAUCAAAACGCAGAAACUUCUUCGCGUUUUGUGUUCACCGGAACCUCACAUGAAGAGCGCAGCGCAUUCUACCGGAGUCUCGCCGCCGACGGAGGAGAUCGAAUGGGAGAUGCGUCCCGGCGGCAUGUUCGUACAGAGACGCGAAGCAGGUGACGAUGAUCAAAGCAAUGGACCUAUGAUCAAUAUCAGUGUUGCACAUGCUUCUUCUCAUCACGAAGUCUACCUCCCAGUUCAAUCAACUUUCUGGGAUGUUAAGAAACUGCUUGCACACAAAACUGGUUUAAAGCCUGAACAGCAAAGACUCUUCUUUAGAGGUAAAGAAAAGGAGAAUGAAGAGAAUUUGUAUAUGGAAGGUGUGAAGGACAAGUCAAAGCUUUUGCUUUUGGAAGAUGCUGCUAGCAAAGAGAGUAAUCUUGAGGAACUUAGAAAACACAAUGAAAUGCUAAAAGCUUCCGAAGCUGUUGCUGCAGUCAGAUCAGAGGUGGACAAACUUUGUGAGAGGGUGUUGGCCUUGGAGGUAGCUGUGGAUGGAGGGACCAAGGUUUCUGACAAAGAGUUUAUUGUGUCCACAGAAUUGCUUAUGAGGAAAUUGCUGGAGCUGGAUGGUAUUAAGGCUGAAGGUGAAGCGAAGCUGCAGAGAAAAGCUGAGGUGCGUCGUGUGCAGAACAUCGUUGAUACUUUAGAUUCUCUGAAGGCAAGAAACUCCAACCCUCCUAGCAAUAUUGGUAAAGCAGUCUCAGUAACAACCCAAUGGGAGACCUUUGGUUCUGGAAUGGGAAGCUUAAAUGCUCCAACCUCAUCAUCAUCUUCUGCACAUCUAACUCAAGAUUGGGAGCGGUAUGAUCAGCUCUGAAAUUGUUAUGUAAUAUUAAAUUAUAAAGCAUGUAAAAUACCAUAUUCUUGGACCUUUUUUUUUACAAGGCAUAUUCUUGGACCUUAAUUCUUCAUUUAAAGGUCCAAUUUUUUGUAGCUUGAUUAAGGCAGUAUCUAUAAACCCUUUGAAGAAUACAGAAAGGAAAAUAUUCUAGAUAUUCCUGCCCACAAAUCUGUUCAUGAAAUUAUGAAAGUUCAUUCACUGUCAGUAUUGAUCUGGCUUGAUGGUAUGCUAAGAUUUCAAAAUUUCA